UCACGUUAAAGCUACAGAAGGAUCACGUACCUUUGUCUGAUUUUUAUGCCGAUUGGCUGAUUUGCCAAGCAGAGUUGCACAAGAUAAAAAAUGACGGAAAUACGUUGGCAGCAAAACUAUCAACUGCGAUGGAGAAACGAAUCAACAAGCUUAGUACAAGCAUGGCCUUUAAGGCAUGCUUGUAUCUCGAUCCUCGGUUUAAUUUCACUGGUUCCGGCCGUCUUAGUGCGAGUGAUAAAAGAGAUUGCCAAGAAUAUCUAAUCGCACUAAACAGCCGACUCGAUAGCAUGGAAGGAUUCCAGGAAGACCUUUGCACAGAUGAAGAGCCGGCCAACAACAGUGGCUUCGUAGAGGAUUACCUAAUGAAUUUUUUCAAUGAAGGAAGCCAGGAUAACUCAUGCAGCUCGACUAAAAGUUCAGAAAACGAAUCUUUGUUGUUCGAUCUGAUUAAAUUAGAAACUCGAGACAAGGUCCACGUUGGAACAUUCAUGCAACCGUCCAAUAGCUCGGGUCAAAAACUAAUCGAUGUUGCAAAUAGCACUCCAGGUCCAUCUACACAAGCACAACCGCUGCCAGGGACCAGUACAUGUAAUACGUCGCAUUUCAAUAUCCUAGAGUACUGGCGAAAGAGAAAAUUCUCAAGUCCCCGCUUGUAUCGCUUGGCAAUGGUUGUUUUGUUUGCACCUUCGACUCAAGUCACAGUUGAGCGCCUAUUUAGCCAAGUCAAGUUUAUUCUUACAGACUCGCGCAUGAGGCUCAGCGAUGUUUCAAUUAAAGAUAUAAUGGUUUUAAAAAUGAACGAGAAUUUACUCGGGGAAGUAGUGGAUUUAAUCCUAGAGCGAAACGAUUGUUUGUUGCUUUAAGCUGUUUAUUUUACAAUCUUAUUUUUACUUUGAUAAUCGGAUUCUUUUAGUAGAUUGAUAAGUUCUGUAUUUGAAUUAUUUGAUUUUCACCAGAAAUGUGUA